CAACUGAACAUUAUGCCCUCAGUCUGACAGGUACACUUUACAUGUACAUGUGCACAACGGCGGUAGUAAAAUGUCCGUGAAAUUUUAUAUCCAGUCCGCAGUGUCAAAACUCAUAGGAUUUUUCUUGGCAUGCUUGAUUAGCUUGGCAAUAGUUGUACAGUUUAUUAAAGGACCUAUUCAAUUCAUCAAACUGAAUGUGUUGAAGUUGAAAAAACGGAAUGUGAUGCCACCCUGCUUGAAUGAUCCAAGUCUUGGAAACCAUGACUUUGUCCACCUGGAGGACGUUCGUCUUCACUAUGUUGCCAGCGGUGAUGAGGGGAAGCCAUUGAUGUUGUUCCUGCAUGGUUUUCCCGAGUUUUGGUACUCGUGGAGGUACCAGAUCAGAGAAUUCAGAAAGGAUUACAGAGUGGUAGCUGUGGAUAUGAGGGGAUACGGAGAUUCGGACAAGCCAAAAGGAAAAGAAAAUUAUGUAGUCCAGAAGCUCUCUGGAGAUAUAAAGCAGCUAAUUCCAGCAUUAGGUUACAAGAAGUGUUUCUUAGUGGCCCAUGACUGGGGCGGGGCAGUGGCGUGGAAUUUCACGUCAAACUACCCAGAGAUGGUGGAGAAACUGGUGAUUUGCAACUGUCCACACCCGGCCACCUUCGCUAAGUACCUGCGCACACACUUCUCACAGAUAAAAAAGUCAUGGUACAUGAUGUUUUUCCAAAUCCCGAUGUUACCGGAGUUUCUCCUUGGGAUGAACGACUGUGCGUCUUUUGAUAGAAUGGAAGAGUGGUUUCCCAACAAUAAACUAACAUCAGAUGAUAUUGAGGCUUAUAAGUACACAUUCUCCACAAAAGAGUCCAGAACUGGUCCGGUCAACUACUACCGCGCAGCAUUCAACAGUGAGGUUCGCUACAGUCGAAAAAACAAGAUCAGUGUCCCAACGCUAGUUAUAUGGGGUGACCCGGAUAAGGCUCUAAAUACAGAGAUGGCAGAGUUGUGCCGGGAAUACGUAGAAGAUAUGAAGGUCAAGGUCAUAGAAAACAGCAGCCAUUUUGUAAUUUCAGAUAGGCCUACGGAGACUAACGAAGCCAUAAGACAAUUCAUUGAGAACUAAAAUUUACACUGUUUGGUUAUUUUGUGAGAAUAUGUACUGGUCCCGUAUUCACUUACUUCCUGAGUCUGAAUUUAAGACUCAGACAAACAAAAGCUAAAAAUAAAUUGUGUUGUAAAAAUGCUAUUAUUAAAAGGAGCAAAGAUUGUAGAAAAUGAUGUUCUUUUUUUGUGAGAUUAUGAACUGGUAUUGUUAUAUAAGGGACUUAUUCACGUUUUAUAAGGUCGGGCGUGUAAAAAACAUGUUUGUGAAAUGUGAACAAAAUCCUUGUUUCAAUGAUAAAACAUCAUCAAGCGUUCACAUUGGAACUCUUUUGUUAAUAAUUUCUUUAAAAUGUGACAGAAAUAAUUGUUUGUAAUGCUAUUCAAAAUUUAACUGUUUCAGGCCUGGAUUUACAAUAUUUAAUUCAGUAUCUACCAGUAGCUGUUAAACUAGGCAGGUGUAACAUGGAAUAACUUUUCCUAAGCUAAUCAAGUGUUGAAUUUUAUUGUUGAGCAUUGGAAAAUGUUCACCUUGGAAUUUGUCUGACAUUUGAAGCAGUCAGAAAGGAGUUCUGGCCCUUGCUUUGGUGACAGUUAUGAGUUUGAUUAAGUGAAGAGUUAUGGCCCCUGAAUUAGUGAAGAUAAAUUGCCCCUGACUAAGUGAAAAUUAAGGCCCCUUACUUAGUGAAGAUAUAUGGCCCCUGACUUAGUAAAAAUUAAGGCCCCUUACUUAGUGAAGAGUCAUAUUCCCUGACUUAGUGAAAAGUUAUGGCUCCUUGUUUUAAUUUUAUUGCAUAAACAUUGAGUUUAAUCUAAACGUGGCAAAUUCUGUCAAAAAUGUCGAAUUGGGGGCGUCCUGGGUACUAUGUGCACAUUUUUCUAGUUUUUGCAGUGCUUUAUUUUGUAUCCUUUUUUUCAUAACUUACACUUAGUGUUGUGAUUUGUUACACAAAUUGAACAAAAUUCGUAUUCAUACCAAAGAAAACUACAUAUGUGCUCUUUUUGUGUUUCAAUAUUGUCCUUUUUAUUUUAAUCUUAAAUAAAUGUUGAUGAAUGAACACUUUUGGUCUUUAAGUGUUAUUUUAGAUUUGUUAUGGUUGUGAGGAUACUUAGAUUAUGUUUGACUUUAAUCUCAACUUGUAUAUAUAUAUUGUAACCAGAUUUACAAAUGAUUGUUGUUAUAGUUUAAGUGUUUACAUGCUAGAGAUAGUUUAGUUUAAACUUAUUUAUUUGUUGACCAUUGUGAAAGAAGUUAUUAUAACAUCAUAUCAAUCACUCUUGUUGACACAAAGUUAGGCAAGAGUGUGGCCUUGUGUUGUGGGGAAAACUGGGAGUACCCUGAGGAAACCCACUUGUCCGGCUUAGUGACCACAAACCAGACUCAAAUACACCCAGGCCAGGAAUCGAACCCUGGUCGCCUAGGGAGGAGGGAGUGCUAACCAGACUACCGACAAUAUGGUAUAGAUAAUGUCAGCAAGUAAGGUCCUUUAUAAUAAUGUUUGUAAUGUGUUCACAUUGGAUGUUAUGGCACAGUUGUUUAAGGAUGGAUGAGCUAUAAAGGACCUUAAUGCAAUUUGAUUUAACUCCCAAAUCUCCUGAAUUUGUAAUAAUAUAUAUACCGUAAUUAAUCUAUUAUUCGCCAAGCCUCUAAUAAUUGCCAAACCCCCAGUUUACAGCCUGAAAACAACCAUUUUUUGGGUUAAAUCGUGCAAAAACAUUGCCUCCUUUAGACGCCCAUCCCCCAUUUAAAAAAAAAGCAUACCUUUCAAACAACGACUUUCCUUAUUUCCAAUUUCAAUAUAAUCUUACUUCACUAUUUUUGUCUUUACGUCCAAAUAUGUUAAUGAUGACGAUUUUCAUCGGAUAAAAGCAAUGGUUUCUAAUAAAUGCCCAUCUCCUACCUACUUCCAACUGUAGUACAGUUCUAAUAAACGCCAGGGCGAUUGAUAAAAUUAUUACAGUAUUAUAUGUGAAAUGCUGACUUUACACAUAUUACAGUUUCAUGCAAUCGUAAUUUUUUUUUAGUUCUGAUUUAUGUGUCAGUGUGUAUCAAAUAUUAUUAAAGGUUUUUCCAAGAGUACCAUUAAGGCCUAAAAUAUCUCGUCUAUCCUCAAACCACUGUGCUUUAUGUUGUAAGACUUUUACAGGCAAUAACAUGACCUAAUUUAUUUAAGUAUCUCAAACCUCAGAUCCGGACCAGCAUAAUUAUGUUUGAAAUGAUAGACUGAAAUUUAUAUAACAGCAUUAAUAUGACUGUGUUUGUCAGUAUUUGGUACUUAUUUUGAAUAUGGUUUGAAAUGUUGCUUCGAUUGGCUUGUUUCACAGGUGAGCAAUACAGUGCCGCCUGGACCUUCUUUUUUAUAAAAUUGACAACUUUAAAUAUUCGUAUAGCCAUCCAUAUCAUUAAUAUUGCCCUUUGCCCUUUUUAUUCAUGCAUUGUGUACAAAAUAAUGGACCAAUACAUUACAACAAAAGCUUUAGUUUGAUAAUAAAUAUUUAAAUGUUUGGAAAAUACUUAGGUUUUGUGAGUUGGAAUUCAUGUUUUAUCCUCGUCAGACUACAUGUUGAAGUAUUUUUGCUUAGCUAUUUAAAGAAUAAGGACAUAUCAGAUACAAUCAACCUUGCACACAUGCCAUAUUUCUGAGAGGCUUCAGAGGGGAUUUUGGUCUGAAUUCCAGGGGAUUUUUACACAGCGAAAUUUUGCACAAUAUCUUCAUUUAUCAUCAUGGUCCUUCAUGGAAUUUCGCACUUAUAAUAUUAUGGAUGCUUUCCACUGAGCUAGUAAAAAAAGCAAAAACAAACCAGGGAAUAUUGAUCCCCCGGCAAUUGACCAGGGGAUGGGUCAGAAUUCCGGGAGUUUUCCCCCACUGGGGGAUAUGGCAUGUAUGACCUUGUUUACGAAUUCACUCAGACAAUUUAUUAACUUAACACUAGGGAUAAAAGCGACGAUCGAUUAUUGUUGAAAAUCUGCCAUCCACAAUUGAAGUUGCGGAUAAUCAAUUGCAUAAUCUUGUAAUCAAUUAUCAAUAUGUUACUGUAAUCUGUAAAAGUUAUGUUACAUACAGCAUUAAUAUUGUUUCAUAAUAAUUACUUGGUGCAAAAUGUUUGAGAAACCACACAAAACUGUAUUUUUACAAUAAUUACUUGGUGCAAAAUGUUGGAUAAACCACAAGAAACUGCAUUAUCAGUUAUUGCAGAUGUUUCAUAUAUAAUAUAUGUAAUGAUUUAUUUCCAAGAAUGCGGGAGAAACCACAGGAGACACAAUGACAUUCCUUUUACAAAAUAUUGCAUGCUUUAUUUUAAGCUAAACCAUCCAUCAUUAAUACAAAAAAUUGCCACUGGUUUUGUUUCAUUUUAAAGUGACAAACUGUAAAGUGUGAAUAUGUUCACAAAUUUUCACAGACAGCUUUUUGAUAUCAUUCUCGGCACCCCAGGGUAUCAUUACCUAUAUGAUAUUAUAUAGGUUAUGAUACGCUGGGGUGCCAAGGAUGUUUGAUAAUGUUAUUUAAAGGGCCUGUACUCUGUAUGAUGAAAUAGCGAAAAAAAGAAAAUUGUCAAAAACUGACAUAAACUUGGUAUCGAUGUGUACAAUGCAUUGAAACUUACUAACUGAAGUACCAGAUAGUUUACAAUUUUUACGCAUUUUUUGGGUAUUUUUCCAUUAAACAAGAUUUCUAGGAAUGUCUACCUAGUAGAAUUCAUUCCUUAUGCGUGAUUGGCUAGUAGAUGUUAUCACGUGAUAUUACCAAGUAAGGUAUAAAGCUGAAAUAUUCCAACUGGUAAGGGUUUGCCUUCAAGGCACAGUGGAUACAACACUGGACUGCAAUUUUGGUGACCCCGGUUCGAACCCGGUCUCCGACUAGAUUUUUUUUUAACAUUUUGGUAUUUCUUUUACAAUUUUGAUAUCAAAGAGUAAAACAUUUUAUUAAAUAAUUGUCCUGAGAUUGUCACAGAAUUUUUUUUAUGGUGCCAACCUGGUGUACAGUCCCUUUAAGGAACAUAUUUAUGAAAGUGCUAUAUAAUCAAAAGUAUUUUUUGUUUGUCUUAUUACCUCCCUUUAAUAUAUCAUUUAACAGUUGUGCCAUUUUGUUGUUAUUUAAAAAUGUUAUACAUGCAACAUUAAUGUAAUGGUUAGUUAUAAUAAAAUGGUUAAUGAAUAUAAAUUAAAGAUAGAAUAUAAAUUAAACAUUGAAAUAUUA